AUGGCGGUUAGACUUGGUGCCAAACUGAGUGAGAUAGUAAUUUCAGAAGUGGCCAAGAAGAAGAUCUCUAUGUCUGUCUCGAGAGACAUCCAUGCAGUGAAUGAAGCAUACCAAGAGCUAGUCAACGACUUGGUUAUGGAGAACGCAAUUCUUCUCGGAAGACUUUGGGAGGCAAGGGCUUCGGAGGAAACGGAAAAAAUGAGCAAGACUAAAAUAGAGAAAACAGGAAAGGAGAAAGUCAACACCGAACAACAAGGUCCUUCCAUGGAAGUACCAGUCGCCAAAGGACAAGAAGUUUCUAGGAACAGACGACGCAAGAACGCGCUGAAAGCCAAAAAACAGGUAAGAAUUGCUGAUGGUGCCGGCAGAACGGACACAGAGAUGACGUCCGAUGCUGCUACAGAUGCGGAAUUCGUGGAGGUUAAAACGAAAAAGAAAAAGAACCCGAAGAGGAAAGGAGACUCCGGGCCUAGUGGAGAAGACACUGACGCCUCUACGGGACGGAAAUCUAGGAAACAAAAACUAGAAGGCCUGAAGAAUCAAGCGCCCCAAAGGGUUUUCGUGGUCGAUGUUGGAAACGACAUGAACAAUACAAAGAAAACAAUUUGGGCUGACAUAGUUAAAAAAAAUGGAGCGCCAAAGAUAACGAGACAGACGGUUACUACCAAAGGAGACAAAAAGGAACUACAAAUAGUGGCGGCUGACGAGGCCACAUACAAGGCAUUAAAAUCGAUAACGGAAGAGCGAACGGAUGUUCAACUGAAACCCGCAAAAUGGCCUAUGCUUAUGAUCUACGAUGUAGACAUAUCUCUAUUACCGGGCGAGAUAGCAAGAAACAUCUUAGCGCAGAACACCAGUCUGGGUAGUUUAGUCGAAGAAGCGGCCACGGACAAGAUCAGGCCGAUUUUCAGACGUGGUCCGAGGGAAAAGGAUACGGUUUGGUGGGUCUGCGAAGUCAGACCAGAUAUACACAGCAUGCUCCUUAAGGCAGGCAGGGUGUACUUGGGCAUGUCUAAUUGCAGGGUGUCGGAGUAUUUCGACUUCCAGCAAUGCUUUAGGUGCCUUAAGUACGGUCACCGGGAAGUUUUCUGCAAGGAAACGACUCCGACAUGCACACACUGUGGGGAAAAGGGACAUAAAGAUACGGUCUGUGCGAAGAAACAGGAUUCUCCUAAAUGUGCGAACUGUGGUGGAAACCACGUCGCACACUCUAAAUUCUGUAGGGAGAGAAACAAGGCAAUAGACAACGCUGUCAGGAAAACAGACUAUAAAGAUCCGACAUGCCAACAACAAUAA